GCGUCGCUCCAGGGAUCCUACACAUCCAUCGCAGACACCUUUGGUACUUCCCAUUGAAUUGACCCACUCUCGUCCCACCGUAAUACGCGGGUGUAGAGUCGAGCCUCCCUUUGCAGUAACGCGUUGAUGCACCUGUUGCUAUGCUGAUGAUUUAGUGGUCCUGUCCUUUGUUGUUUUUCGUAAAAGAAGAAGCCAUGUCUUACCACCAGGGCCGUGGCGGUUCUCGUCCGGGCUUACCCCCGGGUCAGCACGGGUCCCAACCGAACUACCGACCCAGCAACCUCCGACCCCUGCCUCCCCACACCCCCCCGUCGUCUUACCACUACAGCCCUCAAACCCAUCCCAACGCCGGUUACCAAGGCAACAGCGGCGGAGGCUUCAUGCCGCCGCCGCCGCCGAUGCCGCACUCCGACUUCAUGUCGUACCCGCCGCCCGGGACGAACAUGUCUCCCGGCGCCCUGGGUCCGGGCUCCAUGCGCCCGCCCUUCCCCAAGCCCCCCGUCCGGCAGGGGGGGUUCCCGGAGCCUCCGCCCAACUUCCCGCCGCCGCCGCUGCCGUCUCUCGCCAACCCCUCGGCCGGCCCCGGGGCCCAGCCGUCGACCCAUAACCCCUACGCCUACAUGAUGCCCCCGGGCAUGCCCCCGCCGGCGCCCCACCCCCCCAUGCCGCCCGCCAUGCCCGCGCAGCCCGGCGGCUACCAGCAGGCGCCGUACUCGGUGGGCUACCACCAGCACCACCACCAGCAACCCCCGCCGUUCCCGCCGCCGACGUUCAGCCCCGGGUACUCCCCUGGCGGUGGGGCCGGCGCCGGGGGGCCGGGCCCGGGCCCCGGCUGGUUCAAACCAGACCCCGGCUUCAGACCAGGGGGCCAGUACAAGUACGAGAAGCCGCCGGACUGCACCCCGCAUCGCCACGACGACCAGCCCAACCGGCAGAAGAGCUACGGGUACGGCGGCGGCGGCGGCGGCGGGGACCGAGGCAAGACGGAGUUCAGCGCGGAGCGGAAGGAGAGGAGUCCCGACCGGCGGGGGAGGCCGGAGGCCGCCGGUCGAUACCGGUCCGACUACGACCGCGGUCGGACCCCGCCCAGACACCGGAGCAGGGAACGCAGCCGCUACUCUGACAGCAGCUCGGAAAGGCAUCGACACAGAGACAGCCGCAGGUCCCCGUCUCCUGACAGACAGAGGAAACGGCAGCGAAGCCGCUCCAACAGCAGGGAGAAGAAGAGGAGUCGGUGGGAGGGGGAGGGGGGGCGGCGGGAGGGGGAGGGGGGCCGGCGGUCCGAGAGCUCCGGGCCCGGCCGGGAGAGGAGCAGCUUCUCCUCCGCCCGGAGCAGGGACAGCGAGGACUCGUACGCCGAGCGCGACCGGGAGCGAGACCGCGAGAGGGAGCGGGAGAGAGACAAGGAGCGGGAGAGAGAGAGGGAGAGGGAGCGGGAGCGAGAGAGCAGUCAGAGGGAGAAGGGGGAGGAGGUGAAGGACGAGGAGGAGCUGCUGAAACCGGCCUGGAUCCGCUGCACCCACGCCGAGAACUACUACUCCAACGACCCCAUGGACCAAGUGGGGGACUCCACAGUGGUCGGCACCAGCAAGCUGCGGGCUCUGUACGAGCGCUUCGAGGAGGAGCUGAUCCAGAGGCAGGAGAGGGCCAAGGCGGCGCGGCCCAAAUGGGAACCCCCCCAGACGAAACUGGACGAGGAGCCGGGGUGUCCAGGAGACGAGAGCAGCAGCGACACGGAGUGCGAGUCGGACGGCGAGGGCAGCAGCUGCUCCAGCAGCUCGGACUCCGACGUGUUCGACGUCAUCGCCGAGAUCAAGAGGAAGAAGGCCCACCCCGACCGGCUGCACGAGGAGCUGUGGUACAACGACCCCGGACAGAUGAACGAUGGGCCUCUGUGUAAGUGCAGCGCCAGGGCCAGACGCACCGGGAUCCGCCACAGCAUCUACCCCGGGGAGGAGCCUGCGAAGACAUGUCGGCUAAUGAACAACAAUUCUGGGAAGCUGUACCACUACAGGAUCACUGUGUCUCCGCCCACCAACUUCCUGACCGACCGGCCCACUGUGAUCGAGUACGACGACCACGAGUACCUGUUUGAGGGCUUCUCCCUCUUCUCCCACACCCCUCUGACCAGCAUCCCAUUGUGUCGUGUGAUCCGCUUCAACAUAGAUUACACCAUUCACUUCAUAGAAGAGAUGACGCCAGAGAACUACUGCGUCCAGGGGCUGGAGCUCUUCGCCUCCUACCUCUUCCAGGAUGUCCUGGAGCUGUACGACUGGAACCUGACAGGCCCCGACUGGGACAACCUGGAUCCUGGCUGCCAGAAGUUCCACUUCAUGCCCCGCUUCGUGCGCUUCCUCCCGGACGGUGGGAAGGAGGUGCUGUCCAUGCACCAGGUGCUCCUCUACCUGCUUCGCAGCAGCAAGCCGCUGGUGCCUGAGGAGGAGAUCGCCGACAUGCUGCAGUGGGAGGAGACGGCCUGGCAGAAGUACGCCGAGGAGUGCAAGGGCAUGAUCGUCACCAACCCCGGCAUGAAGCCCAGCUCGGUGCGCAUUGACCAGCUGGACCGGGAGCAGUUCAACCCGGACGUCAUCACCUUCCCUAUCAUCGUCCACUUUGGCAUCCGUCCGGCCCAGCUCAGCUACGCCGGAGACCCCCAGUACCAGAAGCUGUGGAAGAGCUAUGUGAAACUGCGCCACCUGCUGGCCAACAGCCCCAAGGUCAAGCAGAUCGACAAGCAGAAGCUGACGCAGAGAGAGGAAGCGCUCCAGAAGAUCCGGCAGAAGAACACGAUGCGUAGGGAGGUGACGGUGGAGCUGAGUAGCCAGGGCUUCUGGAAGACCGGCGUGCGCUCAGACGUCUGCCAGCAUGCCAUGAUGCUGCCCGUCCUCACCCACCACAUCCGAUACCACCAGUGCCUGAUGCACCUGGACAAGCUCAUCGGCUACGUCUUCAAGGAGCGCUGUCUGCUGCAGCUGGCCAUGACCCACCCCAGCCACCACCUGAACUUCGGGAUGAACCCGGACCAUGCCCGCAACUCCCUGUCCAACUGCGGCAUCCGCCAGCCCAAAUACGGAGACCGCAAGGUCCACCACAUGUACAUGAGGAAGAAGGGCAUCAACACCUUGAUAAACAUCAUGUCCCGCCUGGGCCAGGACGACCCCUCCCCCUCCAGGAUCAACCAUAACGAGCGCCUGGAGUUCCUAGGAGACGCCGUGGUGGAGUUCCUCACCAGCGUCCACCUGUACUACCUGUUCCCCUGCCUGGAGGAGGGCGGGCUGGCCACCUACAGGACCGCCAUCGUGCAGAACCAGCACCUGGCCAUGCUGGCCAAGAAACUGGAGCUGGAUCGGUUCAUGCUGUACGCCCACGGACCGGACCUGUGCCGCGAGUCGGAUCUCCGCCACGCCAUGGCCAACUGCUUCGAAGCCCUCAUUGGUGCGGUGUAUCUGGAGGGAGGACUGGAGGAGGCCAAAACACUCUUUGGGAGACUGCUGUUCAACGGAGAGGAUAUGCGCGAGGUCUGGCUCAACUACCCACCCCACCCCUUGCAGGUCCAGGAGCCGCAGACAGACCGGCAGCUGAUCGAGACGUCGCCGGUGCUGCAGAAGCUAACCGACUUCGAGGGCGCCAUCGGGGUCCCCUUCACCCACGUGCGUCUCCUGGCGCGGGCCUUUACCCUGCGGACCGUGGGCUUCAACCACCUCACCCUGGGUCACAACCAGAGAAUGGAGUUCCUGGGUGACUCCAUCAUGCAGCUGGUGGCCACAGAGUACCUCUUCAUCCACUUCCCUGAUCACCAUGAAGGGCACCUGACGCUGCUGCGCAGUUCGCUGGUCAACAACCGCACACAGGCCAAGGUGGCGGAGGAGCUGGGCAUGCAGGAGUUCGCCAUCACCAACGACAAGACCAAGAGGCCCGUAGCGCUGCGCACCAAGACCCUGGCCGACCUGCUGGAAUCGUUCAUUGCAGCCCUCUACAUCGACAAGGACCUGGAGUACGUGCACACCUUCAUGAACGUCUGCUUCUUCCCCCGGUUGAAGGAGUUCAUUCUGAACCAAGACUGGAACGAUCCCAAAUCCCAGCUGCAGCAGUGCUGUUUGACCCUGAGGACAGAGGGCAAGGAGCCUGACAUCCCCCUUUACAAGACCCUGCAGACCGUGGGGCCGUCCCACGCCCGGACCUACACCGUGGCCGUCUACUUCAAAGGGGAGCGCAUCGGCUGUGGAAAGGGCCCGAGCAUCCAACAGGCAGAAAUGGGCGCCGCCAUGGACGCACUGGAGAAAUAUAACUUCCCGCAGAUGGCUCAUCAGAAGCGCUUCAUCGAGCGGAAGUACAGGCAGGAGCUAAAGGAGAUGAGACGGGAGCGGGAACGCCAGGAGAAGGAGGGCGACGACGCCGACGAGAGCCGGAAGUGACAGCCGCGCCGCAACAGACCGCUCGUGGUCUCUCAUUCCCUCUCUCUUGCUUUCUCUCUUGUUUUCAUUCUCGAUCUCUCUCUCUCUCUCUCUCUCUCUCUCUCGUGCUCUCUCUGUCUCGUGCUCUCUCGUGCUCUCUCUCUAUCUCUCUCUCUCUCGUGCUCUCUCUGUCUCGUGGUCU